ACCCGUCUUGCCUCUUUAACCUAUCGCCACAUAGAAUCGCGUUUACCUGUCGCCCAGACCACGGAACUCAUCCUAUGGUCCUCUUUUGCGGUUGACCGAGUCAUUAGAUCUAGUACCAACUCAACGCUGCACAUUCUGCAAAGCUACAGAUCUAUAUACCCUGACUUCCCUUGCAAUGUCCAUCUUCUUCUUCGGAACUCGAAGAAUUCCCAUCUCCACACUAUCCACAAGAUGGUCGGUGAGUAGAUUGGCAAGCACGAGCCCAAACCAGCAACACAUCUCCCCGCCACCAACUCUUUCGAAACUAGAAACGCCGUCUGAGAAUGCCCUAGCUCGAGAAUGGAUAUCUAAGUUCAAAUCUCAGUCUAUCCCGAAGAGUCUUGUGGAGUUGACGUUCUCGAGGAGUUCCGGCCCAGGUGGUCAGAAUGUGAACAAGGUGAAUACGAAAGCGACACUUCGAUGCACAUUGAGUUCAUCCUGGAUACCACUGUGGGCGAAAGACACCUUGAAGAAAUCACCAUCGUAUGCUUCCUCGUCACAAUCUCUUCUCAUCACUUCCACCGUACACCGGUCACAAGCGGAGAAUAUUCAAGAAUGCCUGUCAAAGCUACAUGCGCUCAUCAUGUCUGCCGCAACUGCCAACCUCGUGAACGAGCCUUCCGAAGAGCAAAAGAAACGUGUCCAAGGCCUGCAGAAAGCUGAAGCCCAACACCGUCGAAUGGAGAAGGAGCGACGGAGUGCCACCAAGCGCAGUCGUGCUAAAGGUGGUUGGGACUGACGGAGCAUCGGUACCGAAAAGAAGUUAUAGCUGGAAAUCAGAUCCGCUUUUCUCUACGAGCUAAAUGCUAGUCGACAUAUGCAUUCCCCACCCCACUAGUGACGUUGACCGCCGCCCUGAUCAUGAUCAGCUUUAAGUGUCUGACGGGUAUCGUCUUCCUAG